CCGAGAUGUGAUGUUUCUUUUAGAUUCCGAGAUGUGUGAAAAAUUUUGAAUUAGAACUCGGUGCUGUCAGAGUACAAUCAAAGGAUCCAAAUUUCAUUUCCAACAUUUACGGUUUUUUAUGAGUUGUUAACAAUUCGAAGCACCGGAGGUGCGUUACACGCUGGUUCAAUUUAUUCGGAACCUUCUGUGCCAUUUGCGCAGCAACAGGUUAUCCUUGGUUAUUUUUUGUUUUUUAGAAGGCUUAAUAAUUUCUGUUUCUUUGAAAUUGAAUGAUUUGGAAGCGCCAAAAUGAAAGAGUACACUAUACGUGGCGUCUCACUAGCAUUUCCUUACAAUGCUUAUCCAUCUCAAUUAUCUAUGAUGAACAAAAUUAUAUCGGGCCUUGUUGAUGCGAACAAUUGUCUCUUGGAGAGCCCUACUGGAUCUGGUAAAAGCUUAGCCCUGCUUUGCAGCUGCUUGGCAUGGCAAGAGAAAAGCAGAAAAGCGUUUCUGAAAUAUAGAGAAUCUCUGGAUGAUUCGAACGAUUUGUCAGAUAUAACCAUAAACGGAAAAACUGUGAAAAAAUCAUCGCGGGCGACGAGUAAUGGAAGCUACGGGAAAAGUCUUCCAAAGCAAGUUGCUGUUGAGAAGCCGCCUGUGAUUUUCUACUGUACCAGAACCCACAAACAAAUUAAACAGAUUAUUUCUGAAAUGAGAAAGUUAGUAGAUUGCAGUAAUGUAAAAAUGACAGUACUAUCCAGCAGAGAACAUUCUUGCAUAUAUGAAGAUGAAAACGGUGAUUACGAAGGAUUGAGUAAAAAUGAGCGGUGCAAAAAACUUUUAGAUUCGAAAGAACCGGGAGAGUGCGGGUAUUACUUGGGUUUGCAAAAAGUAAUUAGAGACCCUUACAAAAAAGGAAAUAGUGAAAGAAUUAAUGUGGAAAAUACACCAUGGGAUAUUGAGGAUCUGAUUGAUCAUGGCAAAAAGAAACGCGUAUGCCCGUAUUUUUUGAGCAGAGAACUUCAAAAAACAUGUGAAAUUAUUUUCUGUCCUUAUAAUUACGUGAUUGAUCCCCGCAUCCGUUCUUCGAUGGACGUACAGUUAGAAAACAGCGUAGUGAUUCUUGAUGAAGCCCAUAAUAUUGAGGACGUUGCUAGGUCAGCCGGAAGCUUAACGACUACGCAAGAUGAUUUGAAUUUUACGAAGGAAGAGUUAGAAACUAUUCUUGGCAAUGAAAAGAAAGUGGAUCCAGAAGCUUUCCAACACUAUGAGAACGUCAACAAACUGAUUUUACCGUUUUGUAGUUAUGUGAUGGGUAACGCAGAUAGCUUAGCUUGUGAUCAGUUUGCGGAAACAAACAAAUUAGUCGCUGGCGACGAGUUUAUAAGCAUUCUGAAAAGUCAGUACAAGUUUACGCAAGAAGAGUUCGAGUGUAUAUCUAGUUCAGUAGUUGCACUAGCUGAAUACGAGAAAGAGCUGAUGAAUAACUCGAACUCGUUUCUUUCAACUACACAUGGCGCCUUAAAUAGAUCAACUGUUUCAAAGAAGUCAUUGAAGCUGUCCUCAGAUUCCUGGUCACUGAUUGAGAAUCUCAUGCUGUGUUUAAGAUUCAUGUACCAAUCCUCUUCCGACUUCAAGAUUGUGCUAAUUAAAAAAUACGACAAAUUCAGACCUUCUAGAAUUGAAAAGAGACAAGCAACGACAGCAAAGCCUGUCGGUCUUUGGUACUCGAAAACGAAGAGAGGAAAGCGCGAAAACGGAAUCAGUCACCCGACGUCGGAUUUCUAUGAAGUGCAAUUCCAUAUUUGGUGCAUGAAUCCAUCGACUGUGUUUGGUGACAUUGUUGGCAAAACGAGAUGCAUUAUUCUAGCAUCAGGAACACUGUCACCUAUGGACUCGUUUGCAAGUGAACUUGGUUGUAGUUUUCCAGUUGUACUGGAAGCACCCCAUGUAAUAAAGAGAUCACAAGUAUAUGUAAGUGCUCUGUGUCAAGGAUUCAGUUCAGAAGUUCCGAUAAGAGCAACAUACCAGAACACUCAAACCCUGGCAUUUCAAGAUGAAGUUGGAAUUAUUAUCCUUGAGAUCUGCAAAGUAAUUCCACACGGAGUUCUGUUUUUUCUUCCGUCAUACAAAUUGUUGACUCUGUUGAUGAAUCGGUGGUCAGCUACAGGAAUGCUAACGAAGAUGAACGAAGUCAAAUCUGUUUUCCAAGAACCACAAAAAGGCGGAAGCUCUGAGCUGAAUAGAGUUGUUUCUCAAUUUCACGAGUGUAUUGAAAGCUCGACCACUCAUAACUGCGGAGGAGCUUUAUUGAUUGCUGUUUGCAGAGGGAAAAUUUCAGAAGGAAUUGAUUUUGCAGACAAAGAAGCUCGUGCUGUGAUUACCCUAGGCAUACCUUAUCCCAAUUUCAAAGACUUGCAAGUGGAACAGAAGCGUGGCUUCAAUGACCAGUACUGUGCGUCUCGCAAGUUGUUGACGGGAAGUGACUGGUACGAAAUCCAGGCUUUUAGAGCUCUUAAUCAGGCACUUGGGCGAUGUAUUAGGCAUCGAAACGACUGGGGAGCAGUUAUUCUGUUAGAUGAGCGAUUCGUUAGUCCCUCGACGUCGCAAAGACAUGUGAAAAGUCUCCCAAAAUGGAUCAGAGGAUUCAUGCUACAGCCGCAGGGCUUAAGAGAUACGCUUAAAUCUUUGGAGAACUUUGUGGCCAAUCAGCCUGCUGUUAAAAUGGAAGAAACGAGCGCUAUUGUUCAAAAACAUGAUUCAACUGCAACUACGGAUGUUGAAAUGAAAAAUCACAUGGAGCAAAAGGGAAGUGAUUCUAGUUUGAGUCCCGAGGAAUGUACAAGUACGAUAAAUGAUGCCAAUUUGAACAAUAAUAUGAGAAAUUACUUCAAUUUCAACAAAAACGGUGCUAAUCCAGCAACUAAUGGUAAACGUAAGAACUCAAAUUCAAACGCAUUAAUAACAUCUACACCUUUUAAUGUCAAAAACAGUAAGCGGUCCUCGAGUUUGAACUGCGAUCACGAGAUCCUGAAAUCGGUAAACGAGUCACCUAUGAAGCACAAUGACAGUAGCGAUGACGAUAUUGUUGUAAUUAACGAAAGCCCAGUAAUCGAAAACGAGAUAGAAAUUGUCCCGUUCAAAUACCCAAAUUCAGCGACUUCACAGGAAGAUCCGAUUUUUGAGCAACACGAAAAAGGAGAUUUUGUUCAUGACGAUAGCGAUAUGCUUUUCGAUGAAUCGAUGGAUGCUUCUGGGAUUAAAUCGAUAUCACCGAUAAAAUCAAACUCGCCCCUUUAUUGCAAUCAAUGUAAACACCAGCUCGAAACCGAAGAAGUUUCUAAAUUAUGCAAAUUACUUGACUCCAGUGAGGUAAUGAGUUUUCUUCUAAAACUUCUGAAAGUCGAUUUGUAUCGCAAAGUUUUUGGCAGUGACCAAUCAGAAGUUUAUUGCGCCUUUGAAAGUUCUAUGAAAUCGUUUUCUUCUCACUAUGAGUUAAUUUCCAGUCAAUCGAGAGACGUCAAUCUUAAUUGCUUUUAUGAUGCUGAUUUAGAUGUUGCUUGGCAAUAUUUAUCUUGCCCUAAAACUAAUAAACGAAGCAGAGAAGUUUGUGGAAUAAUAAUUGUUAAACAAAAUGCAGAAAUAAGAUUACCCUCUGUGAUACUUUGCGUUGUGAGGUAGAAAUUUUGAAACUCUUGUAAAUAAUUUCAACUUCCGAUUUGAUUUUGUUUGCUUUUUGCGAUUGUGAAUUAUUGUGUUACAUAAAAGUAG